UUCAAUUGGCAAUUCGACUUUGAACGUUGAUCAACAUGAGUACCGAAGAGUUCUACGAAACUUGGGCGUUUGCUAAAUCGUCCAAAGAAGGUGAGUUUGAGAAGAUCAAAAUUGCCCGGGGCGAAACCGGCCCCGACGAUGUGGAGUUCGACAUCAAGUUCUGUGGCAUCUGCCAUUCGGAUGUCCAUAUCGCUCAAGACGAACUGCAACCCUUCAUGAAGACAAAGUACCCUUGUGUUCCUGGACACGAAUUGGCUGGAGUGGUAACCAAGGUGGGCUCCAAUGUGUCCAAGUUUAAGGUCGGCGACAAGGUAGGCGUUGGCUGCAUCGUUGAGGCCUGUUUGAAAUGUGAACAAUGCCAAAAAGGCUGUGAGGAGUACUGUUUGAACGGCCACACCAUGACCUACAACUCGGACAUCACCCAUAACCAAAUCCGAACCAAAACUGGCUACACUUUUGGCGGCUAUUCCCAGAAGACCACCAUCAGACAAGAUUUCAUCAUCAAGGUUCCAGAUUCCUAUCCUUUAGAGCAAGCUGGACCAGUGUUCUGUGCUGGAAUUACCAUGUUUUCCCCUCUCAAACAUUGGGGAGCUCUCAAGGGGGGGAUAAACGUUGGGAUUGUGGGUGUGGGUGGUCUGGGACAAAUGGGUAUUCGUUUGGCGGCCGCCAUGGGAUGCAAGGUCACAGCCAUCUCCACAUCCCCGAAAAAGGAGGCGGCGGCUAAAUCAAUUGGGGCUUCCAACUUCGUGGUCUCGUCGGAUCCUAAAUCGAUCGCUGGCCAAGCCAAGACUCUGGACUUGAUCCUUGAUACCGUGUCUGUCAGUCAUGAUAUCAACCCCUAUCUGUCUCUGCUGAGAGUUGACGGGACUAUGGUCAUGAUUGGAGCAGCUUUGGAGCCCCAGCAGAUUCGAGGAGCCCAAUUGAUGUUCACACGUAACUCGGUGGCUGGCAGCAUCAUUGGUGGAAUUGGUACCACUCAGGAAUGUAUUGAUUUCUGUGCUAAGAACGACAUCAAGCCUUCCAUUGAGUUGAUCACGGCCGAUAAAUUGGGCAAGGUUUACGAGACAUUGCUGGGAAAAAAUGAUUCUAUUGUCCGAUUUGUCUUGGAUAUUGACGCAAGCGUGUAAUCUGAACAAUAAACCCACCCAUACAAACAUG